AAUCUUUUCUUCAAAUUCUAACCAUGCAAAUUUAUCAUUCUAUGUUCCAAAAUAUUCCUUAACUGCACAAAUUUCUGUUUCUUUUUCUUUGAACAACACACAUUUUCAUUUCUUGAUCUCGUCUUUGUCUUUGAACAACAACAGACAUUUUCAUUUCUUGAUCUUGUUAACAACGGACAUUUUCAUUUCUUGAUGUCUUUUUCUUUCACAUUUUCAUUUCUUGAUCUUGUAUUUUUCUUUGAACAACAAUCCACAUUUUCAUUUCUUGAUCUCGUGUUGUAAUUAUUGGUUUUUGUUUUCUUUGUGGAGACGCGAGGGAUUUAUAAAAUAAAAGACGAAACGGUGCAUCCUACAGGAUGCCUCCCCGGAGUUAUCGUAUGCCGGUGUUAUGCACAGCGGCGACAUUGGAUAAUUCAAUGCAGUUUCGACAAGGCAAAAAUCCAGCAGAGUGGCCUUGGCAACUAGUUAUGCUACAGAUUUCUUUAGUUAAUACCUUCAAGAUACUCUUUCAGAUUGCUCUCAAGCCUUUUGGACAGCAGACAUAUAUCCCACAGAUUAUGGGUGGAAUUGCCAUGGGACCUUCAUUGCUUUCCAGGAAUGAUACUGUCUACAAACUAUUUAGUAGUUCAGCAAAGGGUCUUCAAGUAAUUGGCGUACUUAGAGCAAUGGGUUUUAUGUUCCUUCUGUAUCUUCUUAGUAUGCGAAUAGAUAUAAGCAUCAUGAAGAAAUGCGGAAAACUUGCGGUUGUUAUCGGCAUUACAUCACUCCUUGUGCCUCUACUCUUUGCCACAUUGUUUUCUUACUUUCUUAGAGAAUUCUACCAACACAACAGUCAACUUUUCACUACUCUUCCAGCCGUAGCAGCUCUUGUAUCGACUACUUCCUUUCACGUCAUCUUAGUAGUACUCACGGAUCUCAAGCUCCUCAAUUCGGAACUAGGCCGCCUUGCUCUAGCUUCAUCGAUGAUCAGCGGAAUAAGUAGUUGGGGAUUUCUAGAAGUUUUAUUUGAUAUUCAAGAACAUCUAGAAAGGGGUUCGAAAGAGGGUCUGGUAUUAGCUCAAUUAAGCAAAAUCGCCGUAAUUGUAAUAAUAGUUUUCAUUUUUCGCCCAAUAAUGCAAGGGAUGGUGAGACGAACUCCGGAUGGGAAACCGCUCAAAGAGUCAUAUGUGUGCGGAAUUUGUUUGAUGAUUCUUAUAUGUGCUUUCUGUAGUGAGAUUACGGGGCAGCAUUUCUACUUUGCGCCUGUAAUAAUGGGGAUGGCUACGCCCGACGGUCCGCCGAUAGUUUCGAGCCUGAUGGAGAAGCUUGAUUGCUUUGUGGAGGCGGUGCUAGUCCCGUGCUAUGUGAUUGAUGCUGGCAGAAGAUCUGAUAUAUCAGUUGUAGGAAAGAAUGAGUUUGGUGCUAUUCAGUUGAUAAUGUUUGUAGCCAGCUUUUCCAAAUUUGCCUCUAUCAUUAUUCCUGCUUAUUGCUUCAAGAUGCCAUUUUCUGAUGCUGUCUCACUUGGCUUCAUCAUGAAUUGCAAAGGAUUGUUUGAUGUUCAACUCUACUCUCGUGCAAAUAGACUUGGUUUAAUCACAGAUCAGAACUUUACAAUCCUGGUUUUCUCAACGGCUCUACACGCAGGACUUUUCUCUUGGUUAGCAAAACUUUUCUAUGAUCCUUCAAGAAGAUAUGUUGCCUACACUAAGCGCACGGUGCAGUACAGUAACGAAUCUAGUUCCGAACUACGAAUCCUUGCCUGCAUCCAUCAACAGGACAAUGUCCCUUCCAUUAUUGGCAUUCUUGAAGAUUCUCAUCCCACCAAACAAGACCCGGUUGAGGUUUGUGUUAUGAGCCUAAAAAAUUCUCCUCCCGGCACUGUCCCGCUUCUCAUUCCACACCAAACCGACAUCUUUCCAAAUCCAUCCUUUAACAAACAAAGCGAGAUCAAUCACAUAAUCAAUGCAUUUUCUCAAAUUCAAAACAGAAAUGCUGGCCUCUUUAUGAACCAAUUCUUCACUUCAUACGCUCCAUAUCCGACUCUGCACGAUGCCGUUUGUUCCAUGGCACUAGCGAAAACUUCAACCUUGGUACUUCUCCCUUUUCUACAUUCUGACGAUCCUUCCAUCAGAAUUGUCAACAAAAACAUACUCCAACAAGCUCCGUGCUCCGUUGGCAUACUCUUCGACAGUGGGAAAGUAAAAAGAUCUAUUCUUCCAAGUAAAGCCAUGAGAAGUGCCUGCAUAAUUUUCCUCGGGGGACCUGACGACCGCGAAACACUGGCAUACGGUGCAAGAAUGGCAACGCAUCCUUACGUGAAGCUAACAUUGAUUAGACUAGUCUCGAUGCAAGAGAACAGUGAUGCGGAUCUGAUAGAGAGACGACGAGAUUUAAACAUGAUUAACGAGUUCAAGCACCGAACAGCGGGUUGCAGGAACUGCGUUGGAUUCGAAGAGCAUAUGAUAUCCCAAGGUUUUGAAACAGCAAAGCUGUUAAGAGCGGUAUGCAUGAAUUUUGACCUAAUGGUGGUCGGAAGAAGACACGAUACUAAUUCUUCGCUACUAUCGGGACUAACGGAAUGGAAAGAGUUAGAAGAGUUAGGUGUAGUUGGAGAUAUGUUGGCAUCUAAAGAUUUUCAAUGCACUGCACUUGUGCUUGUGAUUCAACAGCAAGCUUCAGUUGUGCUAGAAAUGAUUGAAAGCCCUAGAAACAUAUCCAAGAGUGUAAGUGAUAUUUCUAGUUCAAAAUUUGUUUCAAGUAGAUGGGGUUAACCCUAUGAACAGUGAGAUUUCAAGGUUCUUUUUUUGUUUUCAUUUAAUUCUUUUCAAUUCUUGUAUAUUUUGUACACUAAUUUGUAAUUCUUCAAGAGGUUGAUAGAACCACCUGAUUCAGUCGCCUAA